GGCAAGUCGAGAGGCUGAAAAUCUGAAGAAUGUUUCCAAAGGGUAAUGUGGCUGUCAUUUGCUGGGUAUGGAGGAACAUGAGGAAGCUAUUUCUAUUCCUUUCUCUCUGGCUGUCCCAGGCAGCUCAUUUGGAAGGCAGAAAGGAUAAUCAGUUCAUCUGGAAACCAGGCCCCUGGGGACGGUGUACAGGAGACUGUGGGCCUGGAGGAGUCCAGACUCGGGCACUGUGGUGCUUCCACUUUGAAGGUUGGACAAGUCACCUGUCCAGCUGUGAUGAGAACCACAGGCCUCCAAAGGAGAGGAGCUGCUUCCGAGUCUGCGACUGGCACAGCGACCUCUUCCAGUGGGAGGUCUCUGACUGGCACCGCUGUGUGCUUGCUCCCCCCGUCCUGGGCCAGGCCAAGCCUUGGACCUCCGAGUGCGUGACGGCCCAGCAUGGGCUGCAGCACCGGACUGUGCGCUGUGUUCAGAAGUUGAACAGGACCAUGGUCGCCAGCGAAAUAUGUGAGCACUUUGCCCCUCAGCCACCCACAGAGCAAGCUUGCCUCAUUCCUUGCCCGCGGGAUUGUGUUGUAUCCGAGUUCUCACAAUGGUCCAAGUGUAGCAAGGGAUGCGGGAAGCGACUGCAGCACCGGACACGCGUGGCCAUCGCUCCCCCUCUCUAUGGAGGGUCUCACUGUCCCAAUCUGACGGAGACAAGAAUCUGUGACGCCCCCAUUUCCUGUCCUCUUGGCGAAGAGGAAUAUACUUUUAGCCUUAAAGUUGGCCCGUGGAGUAAAUGUAGACUGCCUCAGCUGAAGGACAUGGACCUCACCGGAAGGACUGUUGUGGAUUUUAGCUCUGAUUCAAAGGAGCAAGUCACCUUGAGAUACCCAAGUUACAAGCCACAUCACCAUGCCAAGCCCUGGGACAUAGAGAUAGGUUAUCAAACCCGGCAGGUGUGGUGUACAAGGAGUGAUGGGAAAAAUGCCAUGAUAAGCCUUUGCAUGAAAGACUCCUUCCCUUUGACUGUCCAGUCCUGCAUCAUGCCGAAAGACUGUGAGACCACCGAGUGGUCCUCCUGGGGUCCCUGCUCCAAGACGUGUCGUUCAGGGAGCCUCUCGCCGGGAUUCAGGGGCAGGAGCCGGAAUGUGAAGCACAUUGCUAUUGGAGGUGGAAGGGAGUGCCCUGAACUUCUGGAGAAACAGGCCUGCAUUGUUGAAGGAGAAAGUUUGCAGCUGUGUCCCAGGUAUUCCUGGAGGACUUCUGAGUGGAAAGAAUGCCAAGUCUCUCUCCUCCUCGAGCAGCAGGACCCCCACUGGCCUGUGACGGGACCCGUGUGUGGAGGUGGGAUCCAGACCCGGGCGGUGUACUGUGCCCAGAGCACACCAGCAUCCACCGCACAGAGGGCCAAGGAAGUCUUUAGACCUGUGGACAAAACACUAUGCGUGGGGCCUGCCCCUGCAGCCGCUCAGCUCUGCAGCGUUCCUUGCUCUACAGACUGUGUGGUGUCCUCCUGGUCAGCCUGGGGUCUGUGCGUCCAUGAAAACUGCCACGAUCUCCAGGCGAGAAAAGGAUUUAGAAUGAGACAGCGCCAUGUCCUCAUGGAAUCCACGGGGCCUGCAGGACACUGCCCGCAUUUGGUCGAAUCGGUUCCCUGCGAGGACCCGAUGUGUUACCGAUGGCUGGUAUCUGAAGGCAUCUGUAUCCCAGAUCAUGGGAAAUGUGGCCCGGGACAUCGCAUCCUGAAGGCUGUCUGCCAGAAUGACCGAGGAGAAGAUGUGUCAGGGAGUCUCUGCCCAGCAUCUGUUCCUCCUGAACGGACGGCUUGUGAAAUUCCCUGCAGGAUGGAUUGCGUGGUGAGCGAGUGGACAGAGUGGUCAUCCUGCUCCCAGUCUUGUUCAAAUAAAAACUCGGAUGGGAAACAGACCAGGUCAAGGACUAUCCUGGCAUUGGCUGGAGAAGGUGGAAAACCAUGCCCCCCUAGUCAGGCCCUCCAAGAAUAUCGCUCAUGCAAUGACCAUUCCUGUAUGCAACUCUACUGGGAGACAUCGCCUUGGGGCCCCUGUGCUGAAGACACACUGGGUACUGCUCUUAAUGCAACCAUUGGAUGGAAUGGAGAAGCUGCCUGUGGUGUGGGCAUUCAGACACGGAAGGUCUUUUGUGUCAAGAGUCACGUGGGACAAGUGAUGACCAAAAGGUGUCCAGAUUCCACUCGCCCUGAAACAGUGCGCCCUUGUCUCCUCCCAUGCAAAAAAGACUGCACUGUGACCGCCUUCAGUGAGUGGACGCCCUGCCCGAGGCUGUGCCAGCCAGGAAAUUCCACAAUAAGACAGUCUCGAUACAGGAUUAUCAACCAGGAAGCAGCCAAUGGAGGUCAAGAAUGUCCAGACACCUUAUUUGAAGAGCGAGAGUGUGAAGAUGUUUCAUUGUGCCCUAUAUAUCGGUGGAAGGCACAGAAAUGGAGCCCCUGUAUCUUAGUGCCGGAGUCUGUCAGGCAGGGAAUAAUGAGCACCAGCGAAGCCUGUGGAAAAGGGGUGCAAACAAGAGCUAUCUCUUGCAUCUCUGAUGAUAACCAGUCAGCAGAAAUGACCGAAUGCCUCAAGCAGGCAAAUGGCAUGCCUCCCCUUGUGCAAGAAUGCACGGUCCCAUGUCGAGACGACUGUACCUUCACGGCUUGGUCCAAAUUUACACCCUGCUCCACCAAUUGUGGAGCAACCCGAAGCAGACGGCGACAGCUCACAGGAAAAAGCAGGAAGAAGGAGAAGUGCCAGGAUGCUGACAUGUACCCUCUAGUGGAAACAGAACUGUGUCCUUGCGAUGUAUUUAUAUCCCAACCUUACGGAAAUUGGUCAGAUUGCAUUCUUCCUGAAAGCAGAAAGGAGCCUCAGCGAGGAUUGUGGGUACAAGGAGACAGCAAACAAUGCGGACAGGGCGCGCGCUUCCGAGCAAUAGCCUGCUCUGAUAAAAACGGAAGACCUGUUGACCCCUCCCGCUGCAGUAGCUCUGGUUAUAUUCAAGAAGAAUGUGCCAUCCCUUGCCCAUUUGAUUGCAAGUUAAGCGAUUGGUCCAGCUGGGGGUCUUGCAGUUCAUCUUGUGGAAUUGGCGUGAGAAUUCGAUCCAAAUGGCUAAAAGAAAAACCUUACAAUGGAGGCCGCCCAUGUCCCAAACUGGAUCUCAAGAAUCAGAAAAUUAAAUAUGGGGACAUUAAAGCUUCAUUGGACUUGCAUUUCCUUUUAUGA